UCUAUAGCGCUUACCGGAAGCAGUUUAACUCCAUCUUCUUUCGCCGAGAUUGUGUCUGAAGAAAAUAAGGAGGAUCAUGGCUCGUCUGCAGAAUUGGAAGUGACUCACUCGGCUGACGCGAUUGACGAAGAUACGCCUAUGGAAGAAAAUAUAAGUGAAAAUACUGUCGAAAUUGAUGAAAUUGAAAUUGACAUGCUUAAUGAUAAUACCUUUAUGCGAGCUUUAACAGAAGCGUUGCAAAAACUACACAAUAUUAUCACACCACCAGAAAAUUACACUGGUGACAACAUGCCAUCAUGGUUGCAGUCAUUGUUGAAUGCAUUCAACGAGUUCAGUGAUAACGAAAACGAGGACAAUAUUAAAUAUCAAGUUUACAUUGCAAAACUGAUCACAAAUUAUCCCUUCGCAUUCGAAAAGUACGCCAAAUACUGGAUUCUUCCUCUUAUGAAAUUUAUUAUCAAAGGGCAUAUGUUUGGUUCGCCAAUUAAUUACCUGACCCAGGAUUUGUGUAUCAUACUAAUUGUCUGGGGAAAAGACACAGACAUACCGGACAAACAUCAGCCGUCUACGCAGCAGACGCUUUAUUCAUUUUUCGUUUAUUUGAUAAAAAACGCUUAUCAUAGCACACCACGAAUUACUAGAAGCAACAUACAAAUUAUAAAGGGCAUUUUUGAAAAUUGGGGUGAGAUCUGCCCUGUACCCACUAGAGUUAUCUACGAACAAUUUCAUCAUCCAGAGGGCCAAGAAGACAGAAAUAUUAUCGGUCUACAAUUAGCUGGUAUCCUUUAUAGCAAUGGUGUCAAUAUAUAUAAUACUAAUGAUAUUUCAGACACCACUGUUAUUGAUAAAUUUAUAUUCUAUGAAGACAUGGCAGCCAACUUGAAGCAUAAAAAUAGGAAGAGCGCCGAUACUUCCUUAAAUGCUGCUGAGUUAAUGAGUUGGACUUUGAAAAUUAUGAGAGAUAAAAAAGACCCAGAUGAGAAGGAAAUUCGAAAGAUGUUCGAAAGACAGUUGGAGAAAUUGUUUGAAAACAAGAAUCUAUCACGCAAACAUUGUUUAAAGUGUGUAAAUAGAGCCUAUCUUCAUGAUGUCGAUCUGGGGAAAAGCGUAAUACAUAAAGUUGCUUAUCGCUUGAACGAUUACACUAUGGACGAGAAAGCAUUACUUUUGGAAUACCUUAAUGUAUGCUGGACAGAAGAAUAUGAUGCAGAUAUGCUCUAUAAAAUAAGGCAGAUAGGACUUUUGCGACUGCUUACGGGCAGGGAUGAAGUGCUCCAAAUUGCAAGCUUGAAGAUUCUAAAUACCUUUUUCUCAACAAUAAAGAAAGCGGAUGUAGGCAAGUUUCUCAAGCGCCUUGUUAAAGCUUUUCCCAACCAUCCGAAUAUGAAAUGCAGAACAUUAUACUAUUCCUUUUUGAAGAAAGUUUAUGAAAGCAAAUUAGAUCCGACAAUUGAAACUGACGUGAAAGCGCAAUUAUUCAGAGGAUUGAUUGACAGAGCUGCCAGCAUAUCUCAGGAUAUUUUUGAGUUUGUCAAAAUGCAACUUCAAAUUGAUGACAAUAUACUAUCCACAGUGCAAAAGCUGUUGAGUGUGUUCUUUGUGGCAGAGACCGAAGAUAUAUAUUUGUUAUACGCCACUCGCAUAAUGCUGAAUAACAUGAGGGAAACAGCUGACUUUACAGAACCUUUAUUCGAUCAACCAUUGGAUAAGACCAAACGCUUUGAUAGCGAAUAUAAAUUCAACACUGCUUGGUAUAAUACAUCAUCAAUGGUACCUCUCUUUGUGGAAAGUCAAGAGAAAUCUCAAUUAAGCAUUGAAGAUUUGGAACUUCAAUUGAGACAAACACAAAGUUUAUUGGAAUUCAGCACUACCCAAGGUACUAAUCAGACAUUAAUUUCGACGUUUAAUCCUGCCAGCCAGGAAACACAGCCUACCGAAGAUAUAUCAGAUGAUGUGGUUAUGGCAGAGACUUCCAGCCUCCCGUCACCAAAAUUUGAGAAGAAGGAAAACCCUUAUUAUAACAGACGAUUCCUUGCUGAAUCAAGAGGAGUGAGUAAACGAUUCCAUGCUGAUCGUAAUGAACAGCUAGAAAAGAAAAUGCGCAACCUUCUCAAUUCCCGGAAAGAAGCAGGAGAAAAGAAGGUCGUACUUACAAGAACAUAUAGGCAAGGUGAGAUUCCCGAUGUACAGAUUAGCCGUAGAGAUUUGCUACUGCCGUUAGAAGUUAUUGCAACUGCCGACUACAAUAUAUCGCGUUUACUUUACAGCAGUCUCACGGUUGGCAUUGCUAACGAAUUUAAGCAGAGUGCUACUGAUGAAGACUAUGCUACUUACAAGGAACAACUGGUCGAUUCUAUUGGUAAAAACUUAGUGAAAAGCUGUAUGUAUUUUACACCAACGAUCGGCUCCUUCUUGCGGAUCGUAUUUGAUUUGGACGCGUAUAUACCUGGAAAAGUCAUUAAAGUUGUUAGUGCGAGAAGCCAAAAUCAUCAUAUUGGAAUUGCUAUUCUAGAAAAGCAUAUUAUGUAUAGUGGUGGCGAUGACCGUCCGAAAAAGAAAGUUAGUCAGCUGACUCCCACCAAGGAAAAAUGGAUUCAUCUCUCCUUAUUAUAUCAAAGUAUCGAUGAGCCAGAAAUAUUCCAAAACAUUUACUUGAAUAACGUUGUUGAGAACGAAUUAGCUAGAGAUGGUAUUGAGUAUGAGAUUAAAGGGAAUUAUGCGGAUGCAUUCAACAAGCUUGCAACAGCCUCAGAUACCAGCGACCCAAAGUCAGUCGAUAUAGUUGAAUACAACUUAUGGCAGGAGCAGAUGCUUUUCUGUAGAACCCAGUUGACGGAAUGGGAGAAGAUAAGUCAAGAUACCUUUCAGGCAACAGGAGGCAAUUGGAAAUCAUUAUGGGGUGACUUGCAGGACCCUUAUCUCGAAUAUUUUGUUAGAAGCUUCUCCAAGUUCAAAAUUAACAGGCCACCAUACGAUUAUCGAGAGGCUGAUUCACCAGGCCCUACAACUUGGCUCAAGCACCAACCAAAUCCUUUAUACAAAUUUCUCGAUGAUGCUUAUGAUGAAGACGUGCGUAGGGAAAAGUUACUAGAUGAUUUUGCGUGCGAGUGGGCAAUUAUGGAAAUGUAUCGCAAAAAUUAUUAUCGCGGACGUUUUUUCAUUAGUAAAGCUUAUGAUUCGAUACUUUCGGCCUGGAAUACACUUCACCCUUUAGCACACACAAGCCGAUUAACAAAACUUUCUAGGUUACAAAGGACCGUAGAAAUAGACGAUUAUCUUCGGUUUCAUAAGUGCUUGGAGGGUGGUUUCUUUGACUUGAACGAGUUUGAGAAAUUCAUUGGCGCUUUAGCAUUACGAUACCCUGACACUGUUAGUGACAGAAUGGACACAUGGUAUGACAUAUUGAUAACAAGGCUAGAGUUUUUCGAUGACUUUACGGAAACAUUGCUGAAGAUGUCGGAUUCCGCAAACGCUUUGAUUAGAUCAGCAAAGAAUGAAUCUCUUUUAGCUAUUGCGAAUGCUGCUAUUAUACAAGGAAACGCCAAUGUUUUUGCUAAAAUUCGCGAUAUGUUUGAUGCGCGGGCACGAGAUAAACGUGAAUUAACAAAUAUUCAAUAUCUUCAAAGAGUAAACACUGUUACAUUAGAUAUACAAUCAAAAGGAAGGUACUUGGGGUUGUUAUUCUCCAAAACAGCAAAGAAUAAGAUAUUUGAAACAGCUGAGUCGAAUGAUGCUUAUAAUUGGAAGCUAGUUCAGUUGGACUCUUUUGACAUCGUAAAACAGAAUUUGGUAUCAAAUCCAGAUAUUUUUAACUAUUUCACAGAGGAUGCUCUACGAAAGUUCAGGUCGAGCGACAACUGGAAACAAAUUCUGGCUAAUGCUGGCAAUUUGGCUAAUCACCUUGAAAAGGCGGGCUUCGAAACACUCCAAACAGCUGGAGAAUUGCUAGACGCUGAAAAUUCGCAAAGAGCCGAAUACUUAUGGCGCUUUGGAAAGUACUGUGAUGAUGCGUUACGUUUAGCGAAUGAUCCCAGUUCUACUAUUCAUUUAACGUUGGACUCCACCGAAUAUGGCAAACUCGUGGUCAAAUGCUAUUUCCAAGCUAUGGAUAGAGAUCAUGCCUUAGCCACUGGCUAUUUUCCGCGCUUAAUGGAAUUAAUAGAGCUUAAUCCUGACGUCGGAGACACCUUCAUGGAACAAUCGCGCCAAUUAGAUGCAAGUUGGAAGUUCAUACGCUGGAUUCCUCAGUUGGUUUCUUUUAUUGCAACACCCAUUGCAACCUUCGUAUUUGUUGCCUUGGAAAGAAUAGCGCAUAAUUACCCAAAAGCUUUAUACUACCCUAUGCAGAUGUCUUACGAAUUUUACGAGCUGAGAAAACAUCAUUUAAGUGAAGAAACAAAUACUUUCAUAGAAAAAAUUAUGGCCUUGAUACGCUCACCUAUAUUAGAAGAAUUCUCGAAAGAACUCAAAAGAUUGACAGACCCUGCCUUGAUCUUUAGGGAUUUUGUUGACUUUGUGAAAUCUAUUAAUGUUACUGAAGCCCCCAGGACAUUUAUUGCAUCAAAGUAUGAUGAGUUCUACCAGCUUUUGCUGAACAAUUAUAGUGAACGUUUGGGUGCAGUUCAGAAAAAGGUGGCUUCGAAAUAUGCCAGCUCUAUCAUACGUAUGUUUGGUGAAGAGGGAGCGAAAAUUCCUGAAUUUACGGAUCGCAACUACAGAGAACUGAAUACUCUCUUGAAAACGAAAAUUGAGCCCUUAACACCAACUGAAAGCGAAUCAAGAAGCUUGAAAGCAUAUUCACCAUGGUUGCAUUCAUUCAAAAAUAUUGAACAUGAUGAGCCAUUAGAAAUACCUGGUCAGUACACGGGUCUAUCGAAGCCUUAUCCUGAAACACAUGUUCGAAUCGCCUCUAUCGAUCCUCAAAUUCUAUGUAUGCGUUCUUUGAGAAGGCCUAAAAGAAUCACGUUAAAUGGGACAGACGAAAUGGAAUACCACUUUUUAGUGAAAGGCGGAGAAGAUUUAAGAUUAGACGAACGUAUAGAACAGCUUUUUAGUGUUAUGAAUGAUGCUCUUCGAAAGAACGCUUUUUGUUCGAACCAAAAUGUUCGAAUGACAACAUAUAAGGUUAUACCUAUGGCAUCAAACCUGGGCAUCAUCGAAUGGGUCAAAUACACAGCACCACUUAGGUCCACCAUACAAAGAGUUGAUACUAAAAGCGUAAGCGAGGCUGCUACUGCUAAAUACAGGGCAUGGAUCAUAUCCAAUAAGCGAGGUGCUUCAGACAUGAGAUCGCAAUAUCAUGCUGCAUUUAGUCAACCAAGAGAAAAAAUUGUUCAGAUGUUUGAAAAUGCUCGUAGCAGAUUUCCCCGUAAAGUGCUCAAAGACUAUUUGUUUCAUUUAGCAUCAUCACCGGAAGCAUUUAUAUUUCUGCGUAAAGAGUUUGCACACAGCUUAGCUUGUAUUUCUAUCUAUGGUUAUAUUGUUGGCAUUGGUGAUCGUCAUUUGGACAAUUUUCUGUUGGAUCUUAAGAGUGGUCGACUCGUUCCUAUUGAUUUUGGUUAUGCAUUUGGUGCAGCUACGGAACUAUUAGCCAUUCCCGAACUGGUUCCCUUCAGAUUGACUCGUCAGUUGAUAACUGUCUUGGAGCCUUUAGGAACUUCUGGUAUACUGGAGAAUGCAAUGGCCAAUAUUCUCUCUGCUGUUCAAAAUGAAAAAGAGCUCCUGUUGAACGUACUGAGUGUAUUUGUAAAAGAGCCUCUAUUGGAAUGGAAGAGGCAAGCUGAUAGAUUGGCUAAACAACAAAGAAAAGAGAGAGUAUCAGAUGAUGACAAGCAUUCAACAAGUGCCACCCCAUCGAAAGACAAUUGCCUAGAGUGGUAUCCUCAGAAAAAAAUCGAUAUCGUUAAACGAAAGCUCGACAUGCAUAAUCCAGCAGGUACAGUGAUUGCAGAGCUUCAGAAUGGUCAUGCCGAUAAGCCAUACUGUAAAGAUCUUACUCGUUUAGCUAAAGGUAUCGCUCGAGUGAAUUUAAGAGCUGAUGUUGGUGAUGUCUGUGACUCCGUAAACGAACAAGUGAAAUGUUUGAUCGACCUUGCAACUGACCCAGCAGUGUUGGGUGUUGCCUACUUAGGAUGGGGAUCUUUUUUCUAAAGCAUUCGUCGUUGAUUUUUGAAUUCUAUAAUAAACUUUAACAACCGGUAUUUUGACCCCAAAAAUUCCAGUGAAAUCAUUAGUCGAGCAAUGAAUCAGAAGAGCAUUUGGCUAUAAGGUACCAAAAGGGGCAGAAUUUGUAGUCGCGGUAAAUCAAAUGGGACGUUUCUGUACAGUAGGUCUCAAACAAACACUUGGAAUUUCCUAAGAAGCAAAGAAAAAAAGUAUGAUUUAAUGCUAAAAGAAAGGGCUGUGUUACACCCAACAGAAUUUCUUCAAGUCAUAUUAUUCGACUUGAAUGCCGAACAUCUAUAUAUAGAGUGUAGAUUGAUUUAUUUUAUUUUUUCGAAAAUAUAAA